AUGAGAGCACAAAUGAACGGUGCCGCAACACCGUACGUGAAGGAUCUUCUUUUAUCGCGAAUACCGUUCGCCAGAGGGAUAAAAAACCGGAUACCGCGGGGCUAGAUGAUACCGCAAUACCGCACAUUAAAUUAAAAUGUCUAAAAUCAAAAUUACCAAAAAAAACCCGCUUGAAAACAAGCUCAAGAACGCAAUACCCCUAUCCCCCCUCAUUAACGCUAGAAAUUCUUUCCAACCUUGGAGAAUUUACUCGGUAGAGACAUCGUUAGUGAUAUGCUAUUAUUCUCAUAUUCUCAUGAAGGCUGCAGUAAUCAGGGAAUUCAUUUAAGAUCAGGAACGAAGGAGCCUUUUCUUCCUUUUUCGAUUCUUUUAUCCGCCACAUUGAAAACCAAAAUUUACAAGCCCGCGGGUUAGUGAAGCCGCUGACUGUCUAGAAUUUCUGGCUAUGCUCUUUUCCAGCGUUAAGGAAACGUUCCAGGUGCAUGAGAAUAAGUAGUUUAGAAACUUCGCAAUACUUGGCGAGAUAAUCAGUGCUGCCAAAUAAAGUAAACGUGUAUUAAACUUGUCAAUAACAGCAGAUUUAGUUGAACUGAUUUUCUUUAAAAUGCUAAUUACUUGAGUAACGGUAAUAUCUUGAAGAGUGAAUAAACAACAUCAGGAUCUCUUCUUGAGUUAACAAAAUAAAGUUAGUCAACCUGGACAAGUCCGUAUCAUUAUAAAUCCAUUUUAAGUUUACCCUAAGUUUAUCGACGAUUGUCGACAAAAUGAGUGUUCACUAUGAUCAUCAAUCACUUUGUCGUCCAAUACAAGGCUGCUAACACAGGAAUUUUUUGCUGAUCCAUUCAACAAUUUAAUUUUUUUCCAUGUUGACCUGUUUUCAAAAGAGGAAUGACAAAAAUCACGUGCACAUUUAGCUCUACGCAACAAGAUAGCUAUUUUAUUUGAAAUUCUCACUCUACGGUAGUUCACAAACGUCACUCAACAGACUGGCUACAUUAACAACCGGUUACAUUACCAUGAUUACAUAGUAAUAGUGUCAGCAAGACGGAAUUGGCAAUUGACCCCGAGGGGGAGGGGGACACCUGGGAAUUCUUCAGUGGUGGGGGUGUGCCGCCCGGUUCUUCAAAUGCUGACCCUAUUUUCGAUAAAAAAAUUUCAAUUUCCGCACCCUUUUUCAGACCUGGCCUCUAAAAUCCAUACCCGUUUUCAGACCUGGUCUAUAGGAAAUUAUGUCAUCAUAACUUAGAUUAGAACGCGGCUGAACGCCAAAUAAAAGAUUUCUUAAAAUCAGCUUCGAAUUCGUAUAUCACUAUUUCAUUUGGAAUUGGUACGACAAAUACGUUCAUACACUGCUGUAGUACCCUCGAAAGCCAUACCUGAUUCCAGACUAAAGUGGGCAAAGUUUAUGCCCGUUUUCAGACCAAAACGGCUCAAAAACCCUACCCGAUGGAGCUGCACAUACUUGUAUGACUUAUAUAAGGGACUACACCACCCCCCGGGGAGUUGACAUACACUUUUUAGCGAGCAAUUGCAAUCGUAUCGUUGAAACAUUGUUUUGUCAGUUUUGUAACGGUUAAUAUAUUUUCUUAUUAAAAAAGUGUUUGCAGUUUAAUGCUCAUAGUUUUAUAUGUAAAUGAAAGAUCCGACCUUGGAGUACAAUAUCUGAUAGUUCAAAACUUUUUUUGGGAGACUGAGAUAGAUAUCUGAUAGAUAGGUUUUUUGAUUUACCAUAGCUACGGCAAAUCAAUUAAGAGUUGUGAAUGUCGUUGACAUGACGCGAAAAAUAGAAACAUAAGAAAUUGAAUGUUUGUGCUUGUUUAUUCAUCAUACUAUCUGAAGUUAACAUACGCGGGCACUAACGCGAAUCUUUAGAUUGUCUUAAAUACCCCCCAAAAUCCUAAACUUAAAUCAAGCCAACCCGCAAAAAUUACUUGCCAAAUUUUCCUACCCAAAUAAAAUCCCGGAAUCGAAAAUUUCAAACCCAAAAAAUCCUUGGAUCAUCCCCGUCACUUGGAAUUCGGAGGUUGCGAGUUAGACUAAGAUAUAUUUCCAAGACAAAACGGACUUUAUUAAUCUUUUGAGUGCUCUAUUUUUUUCUAGACGAAAUGAAGUCUCAAACACUUCUGCUGAUCGCUAUUGUUGCCGCUUUUGUCGUUGCCUCGGAGUCUGAUAUCUUAAAAGGAGGAGGGUGUCCAAAGUGCCACAGGAAGGAUUCCUCAGGAAGAUGCAGGAAAAUUUUGGGGUGUUCCAGGAAAAGAGAAUUUUUGAAGAAAUUCUACGAGAUGCUGCAAGACAUGCCUCGUAACAAUAUGGAAGAGUUGGAAGACUACAUACCGGAAGACUAUUAG